UACCUCUUAAAGUCAUCUCCAUUCUUGAAACAAAUAAUUCCCUUCCAAAAAAGAAAAGGAAAACCCUAAAACAGUUCAAUUGGAUUCCACAACACAACAUGUGAAUAAAGUCCCACAACACUAAACACUUCCUCGACAUCCAAGCAAAGUAUCAUUACUUAUUUUCCAACAAAUUCUCUCUCCACUCUCAUUCACACAUCCAUGGCUCAUCUACUACUAUUCACCACUCUCUCCAUACUAUUUCAAGCAUUACUACUACUUCCACUGGCUCAUAGCAAUGGCACCCAUGCCAACGCGUGCCGGUCCUACUGUGGAAACAUCACCAUUGACUACCCAUUUGCCCUCCGAUCCGGCUGUGGCCAUCCCGGCUUUCGUGAUCUCUUGUUUUGCAUCAAUGAUGUUCUCAUGUUCCAUAUAACCUCCGGAUCAUACCGGGUUUUGGACAUAGAUUAUGCUUAUGAAGCUGUUACGUUACACGACCCUCAUAUGUCAACAUGUGACUCGAUUGUUCUGGGAGGCCGUGGCAACGGGUUCGCGGUGGAACAGUGGCGCGCGCCGUACCUGAACCCUACCGGCGACAAUGUGUUCAUGCUAAUAGGCUGCUCAGCUCAGUCUUCACUGUUUCAAGGGUUUCCAGGGAAGCACUUGCCAUGUAGAAAUGUUUCAGGUAUGGGCUGUGAGGAGUACUAUGGAUGCCCAGCAUGGAACGUAAUUGGGCCCAAGAGGGUGGGCCCAGUGUAUGGCCCAGGCCCACCUAUGUGCUGUGCAGUACCAUUUGAAGCCAUCAAAGCUAUAAACCUUAGCAAGCUUGAGUGCCAGGGUUAUAGUAGUGCAUACAGUGUUGCACCUCUCCGGGCUAGUGGGCCAGGCCGGUGGUCGUACGGGAUACGUGUCAGCUACUCCGUGCAAGGAAAUCAUGAGUUCUGUCGAGCGUGCGAGGCCACCGGUGGCUCGUGUGGGUAUGACAUUGAUGGGAUCAAUGAGAUGUGCAUGUGUGGGAACUGGAAUUCUACAUCAAAUUGUGAUUCAGUCCAUUCAUCGUCGUCUAGAGGAACAUGGUCUUUUUCGGGCACUAUAGCAGGAUUAUUUAUUUGUAUGAUCCUUGGAAUUACAUCCUAUCGUAAUUGAAGCUGAGAUCUAACAUCGUGGAUUAAUGUUCCUUCUUGUGUUAAUUUUGACGAUGUUCCUAUACUACUUGUACAUGAGGUCGAGAGUUUAAGUUCUUUAUACAAACUAUACGGCAUACUUGGUAUGUUGGUUGAGUUGUGUAUUUUUAUUUAUAAUUAAAAAAAAAUCAUAUAAAAAGAAAAGAAUAAGAAUAAGAGAGAGAUUGAGUUUGAUUUUGAAAUAUUUGAAUAGAAAAUUACCACAAUUUUACUAGCCAAUUACUGGAUUUGGAGAUAUAGUAAUAUUUCAUUUUUAGUUACAUGCAUGUGUAAAAUGUUCAAUUGGGUGUUAUGAAGAACCUUUUGGUGAAAAGUUUUUAUUUG